UAUAUGUAAAACAAUCAGAUCUUCCCCAAAAUUCUCUACCUCGAACCCUAAUCGAGCGACAAUGGCGAUCGCCAUAUUCAACAAACUCGCCUCGCAGAUUUCCCGAACUCCUUCUCUCUCACUGUCAUCUCGCGCCGUAAUCGCCCGUUUUUCCGCAUCGUCGUCGUCGUCCUCGUCCACUACCGGCUCUGCAAAAGUUUCCGAUCGAAUCGUCAAACUAUUCGCAAUCGAUCCGGACGGCCAGAAGCAGGAGGUAUUGGGGCUGUCGGGGCAAACCUUGCUCAAGGCGUUGACGAACAAGGGGUUGAUCGACCCCGCGUCGCACCGCCUGGAGGAGAUCGACGCCUGCUCGGCGGAGUGCGAGGUUCACAUCGCUCAGGAGUGGCUCGAGAAGCUUCCGCCGCCAUCGUACGACGAGCAGUACGUGUUGAAGAGGAAUUCGAGGAAUCGAGAGUUGAACAAGCACGCCAGGCUCGGAUGUCAGGUGGUGUUGUCGCAGGAUAUGCAGGGGAUGGUGGUCGCGGUUCCCGAGCCGAAGCCAUGGGACAUUCCGUAAGGAUCUGAUUACUCAGGCAGCCAUUGAACAUCUGUGAGCAUUUCUUUACAUUUCUAAUCUGAAUAAUGUGGAUAAUUGACCAUGAUGAUGAUGGUGGUGGAUGCUAUUUCUAUGGCUGUUGGAGUGUCUUCUGUUUCCUAAGCCUUUGAAGAUAUUUGUGCUUUUGGAUGAAAGUUUUCACAAUCGAACUAUUCAUAGUUUCACAUUUUGGUUGAAGUAUAAAGCUAUUCUGCAACAAUUGA